CCUACCUCAAACUCUGUUCUCACUCACUAAACUAAUUUCUCGUUUUAUUAAUUAAUUCAUUUCAUUUCAUUUUUUUUUUCCGGAAUAGAGGAUUUCAAUUUUUUCUUUUCCCUGGAGAAUGGACGUUCGCCGGCGAGCUGUGAAUUCCGUCCGUUCACCCGCCGCCGGCGAAACUCUCAAAGCUAAGAACCAGAAACAGGAUUCUUCACAGCCACAGGGAUUGCUAUAUGUUACCAACGCUGUCUUCUUUACCCUCUUCUUCACCGUAGCGUAUUUCCUCCUCCACCGAUGGCGCGAGAAAAUUCGCACCUCCACACCGCUUCAUGUUGUUACUCUCUCCGAGAUGGUCGCCAUCGUUUCUCUCAUCGCCUCCGUCGUCUACCUCAUGGCCUUCUUCAGCAUUGGCUUCAUCCUUCACCCCUUCCUCGGUUCCCGCGCUUCCUCCGAUGAAGACCUCGACGACGACGACGUCGUCAUUGCCAAAGAAGACGCCCGCUCUCCCGGACCUUGCCCCGCCGCCGCGGCGCCGAAGCUGAUUCCGUUGCCGAAAAUCGCGGACGAGAAAGCCGUCCUUACUCUGUCGGAGGAGGACGAGGAGACUGUUAAGGCGGUGGUGUCGGGAUCGAUUCCGUCGUACUCGCUGGAAUCGAGGCUCGGGGAUUGCCGGAGAGCGGCGGCGAUUCGGCGUGAUGCGGUGGAGAGGAUGACGAAGAAAUCGUUGGAGGGUUUGCCGUUGGAAGGGUUUGAUUAUGAAUCAAUAUUGGGGCAGUGCUGUGAGAUGCCGAUAGGGUUUGUUCAGAUCCCGGUAGGGGUGGCUGGGCCCCUCCUACUCGACGGGAAGGAGUACACGGUGCCGAUGGCCACCACGGAGGGUUGUCUGGUGGCUAGCACCAACAGAGGCUGCAAGGCCAUUUCACUUUCCGGCGGAGCUUCCUCCGUUCUCCUCCGUGACGCCAUGACCAGAGCCCCUGUUGUCAGGUUCAACUCUGCCAAAAGAGCUUCUCAGUUGAAGUUCUACUUAGAAGAUCCUCUCAAUUUUGAUUCCCUCGCUGUCGCUUUCAAUCAGUCAAGCAGAUUUGCCAGGUUACAGAGUAUUAAACCUGCUAUAGCAGGCAAGAAUUUGUACAUUAGAUUCAGUUGUUCUACUGGGGACGCCAUGGGGAUGAAUAUGGUAUCCAAAGGCGUACAAAAUGUACUUGCUUUCCUUCAGAACGAUUUUUCUGACAUGGAUGUUAUUGGGAUAUCUGGAAAUUUUUGUUCGGACAAGAAAGCAGCGGGUGUGAACUGGAUUGAAGGGCGUGGGAAGUCUGUGGUGUGUGAGGCUGUAAUUAAGGAAGAUGUGGUGAAGAAAGUGUUGAAAACCAGCGUCGAGUCUUUGGUUGAGCUUAACAUGCUCAAAAACCUUGCUGGCUCAGCCAUGGCUGGUGCUCUUGGUGGCUUCAAUGCCCAUGCUAGUAAUAUUGUUUCUGCUAUCUACUUAGCCACUGGUCAGGAUCCUGCUCAGAAUGUCGAGAGUUCUCACUGUAUCACCAUGAUGGAAGCCGUCAACGAUGGCAAGGACCUUCACAUCUCUGUCACUAUGCCUUCCGUUGAGGUAGGUACAAUUGGAGGGGGGACACAGCUCGCAUCUCAAUCAGCUUGUCUUAAUUUACUAGGAGUGAAGGGUGCCAGCAAAGAGUGUCCAGGAGGAAAUUCAAGGCAACUGGCAAGCAUAGUAGGAGGUACAGUCCUAGCAGGGGAACUCUCACUCAUGUCUGCAAUUGCAGCUGGGCAGCUUGUUAAUAGCCACAUGAAAUACAACAGAUCUAGCAAGGAUGUUAACAACAACAUUGUCCAAUAGAGCUGGCCCCACCACAACGCCACAACGUUGUACUAAACUUGUAUCCUUAACUAAGAAUAAAAGAAAAAAUAUCCACAUGUAUAAUUUAGUUUCAAAAGGAUAUUUAAUUGAGGAUGGUGGGGCGUGGGGGAGUUAGUCUGCAAUUAGACUUCAUUAUUAUCUGGUCCAUGUAAGGGGAUUUGUCUCUUCCUAAGUUGUACAGAAGCGUUGAAUAAGACUUAGUUUUAUUCCUUUUUAUUUUUUAAUCUUUAAUCACUUGUGUUAUGUAUCAGUCUUUCACGCUCUCAUCUAAAGUUCAUAUCUUCAGGUGUGUAUUUU